AUGCGAACCCUAAGUGCAUUUUGUGGUCCAUUCGUCGCACGCCGCUGUUGGAGAUGCUCAAAAAUAAGCUUGCGCAGUGUCAACAGUGGAAGAAACAGGCAACUAUGGUUGUCUCCAGGUAGAGGCGGGCACUCGCGCGCAUCGCUCCUUCUAUGCAUGAACGGUGAGGGCGCAGCCAGUGCUGCGCCAAGGGCCACUCGUACACCACCAGCAAGCUCUCGGACAGCGCAAGUGCACCGAGUGACCAGAGAAACCGACGUUCGCGUCUGGCUAAACAUUGACGGCACCGGCGAGUGUCGCGUGCGGACUGGGAUCCCGUUUCUGGACCAUAUGCUGCACCAGAUUAGCGCACACGGUCUCAUUGAUUUAGAUAUUCAAGCCAGCGGCGACUAUGAAAUCGAUGACCACCACACGAACGAGGACGUGGGUAUCGCACUGGGGCUGGCGCUGGCGCAGGCGCUCGGCGACAAACGAGGUAUCCAACGGUUUGGUCACUUUCUGGCACCCCUGGAUGAGGCGCUCGUUCAAGUGGCCAUGGAUUUCUCGGGUCGAGGUUAUUUGGACUAUGGGCUAGUAAUGCCGACGGAGCGCGUCGGUACGUACGACACGCAACUGGUUCGAGAAUUUUUCAUGGCCCUUGCGAGCAACGCCCAAAUGACGUUGCACAUUCGCCAGCUCGCGGGUCUGAACUCCCACCACAUCAUUGAGGCAAGUUUCAAAGCAUUUGCAAGAGCUCUCAGGAUGGCAUGUGAGAUCGACUCCCGCCGACAGGGAGAAAUCCCAAGCAGCAAGGGAGCGUUAACCGAUCAGCAAGCGCUCCGCAAUGCCCGCGGCACGUGA